AUGAAUAAAUAAAAAAUUCGCGUUGUUUUCAAAUAUGAGUUCCGUCGUGGAACUAAUGCAGCCACAGUACAUCGAUGGUUUGAGAACUACCAAUCUGGCGAUUUUGAUCGUCAAAAUGAACCACGUGGGCGACCUGAGAGCAAGGUGUAUAAUGAUGAGCUGAAAGCUGCAUGGGAUGCGAAUACAUCUCAAACUACGUGUGAAUUAGUAGCAAGGUUUGACGUUACUAUUCCAGCAAUAUUAAACCAUUUGAAACAAAUCGGUAAGGUUAAGAAGCUGGAUAGAUGGGUUCCGCAUGAAUUAAACGAGCGUCAGAAGAGAAAUCGUUUCGAAGCUUGCCUUUCUUUGCUGUCGCGACAUAAAGGCGAACCAUUCUUACACCGUAUUGUUAUAUGUGAUGAAAAAUGGAUUCUUUUCGACAAUCUCAAGCGUUCGGCACAAUGGUUGGAUAAAGAUGAAGUGCCAAAACACACUCGGAAACCGAAUAUUCAGCAAAAAAAGCUAAUGGUGUCUGUUUGGUGGUCCAGCACUGGUGUUUUCCAUUACAGCUUAAUGAGACCUGAUCAAUCGAUUACGACGGAUGUCUACUGUAAUCAAUUAAACAAAAUGAUGAAGGAGCUUGGGACUAAGCAGCCGAGAUUGGAGAAUAGAGACAGGCCAAUCCUCUUGCAGGACAAUGCUCGACCACAUGUCGCACGACUAACUUUGCUCAAACUAUAGGAGCUGGACUUGGAAACUCUCUGUCACCCACCGUAUUCUCCAGACCUUGCACCAACUGACUACCAUUUCUUCCAGACAUUGGACCACUUCUUGCAAGGAAAAAUAUUUAAUUCUCAACAAGCCGUAGAAAACGCCUUUCGCGAUUUUAUUACCACUCACUCUCCAGGCUUCUUCGCUGCCGGCAUUAACAAGCUACCGUUAAUAUGGCAAAACUGAAUCGAUAGUUUCGGCGCAUACUUUGAUUAA